GUACCAGAUGGAUCUGUGGUAGCUUUAGUCUCCAAGCAAGUCACAGCCUACAAUGCAGUCAACAAUUCCACAGUCUCCCGGACGUCAGCCAGCAAAUAUGAAAACAUGAUCCGUUACACAGGCAGCCCGGACAGCCUCCGUUCCCGCACACCCAUGAUCACCCCUGACCUUGAGAGUGGAGUCAAGAUGUGGCACUUGGUGAAGAACCAUGAGCAUGGUGACCAAAAAGAGGGUGACCGGGGCAGCAAGAUGGUUUCUGAGAUCUACCUGACAAGACUACUUGCCACCAAGGGUACCCUCCAGAAAUUUGUAGAUGACCUCUUUGAGACCAUCUUCAGCACUGCUCACCGUGGCAGUGCGCUUCCCUUGGCUAUCAAAUACAUGUUUGACUUCCUGGAUGAGCAGGCCGACAAGCACAACAUCCAUGACCCCCAUGUGCGGCACACCUGGAAGAGCAAUUGCCUGCCGUUACGGUUCUGGGUUAACAUGAUCAAAAACCCACAGUUCGUCUUCGACAUCCACAAGAACAGCAUCACAGAUGCCUGCCUCUCUGUAGUGGCUCAGACUUUCAUGGACUCCUGUUCCACCUCAGAGCACCGUCUGGGCAAAGACUCACCCUCCAACAAGCUUCUCUAUGCCAAGGACAUCCCCAGCUACAAGAACUGGGUGGAAAG